AUGCUGCUGGAACAGGGAACCACGCUCCGAGCCCUGGAGCCCUGCGCACGGCACAGCCUGCGGGCGCCUCUCCGCUCCUGCCUUUUGCAGGACGAGCAGUUCGCAGAUCUCGCCGAUAUGUCGCUCUCUGGAGACAUCACCGUGGAGGGGGAGAUCACGGUACCCGUGGGAGCCCCCUCUCCCGACGAGGACUUCUCCACCCUGGACGAGCCCGUGCGGGAGACGAUCAUGAGAGAUUUAAAGGCCGUUGGGAAGAAAUUUGUGCAUGUCAUGUAUCCCAAGAAGAGCAGCACCCUCCUUAGAGACUGGGAUCUUUGGGGCCCCCUGGUGCUUUGUGUUUCGCUUGCACUGAUGCUUCAGGGUGGAUCAGCAGAUAGCAAAGAAGAUGGAGGGCCCCAGUUUGCUGAGGUCUUUGUCAUCAUCUGGUUUGGUGCAGUUGUCAUUACACUCAACUCCAAGCUGCUUGGAGGCACUAUAUCUUUCUUUCAGAGCCUGUGUGUCCUGGGUUACUGUGUCCUGCCCCUGACGGUGGCAAUGCUGGUCUGCAGGCUGGUGCUGCUGGCCGGCGCCGGCACCAUCAGCUUCGUCGUGCGUCUCCUUGUGGUGCUGGCCAUGUUUGCCUGGUCCACGCUGGCAUCUACGGCGUUCCUGGCAGACAGUCAGCCUCCAAACCGCAAAGCUCUUGUCGUUUACCCCAUCUUCCUCUUCUACUUUGUGAUCAGCUGGAUGAUUCUCACCUUUACGCCUCAGUGACACGAGCUCCAAAGAGACUCUGAUACAGACUGAAGGGUUUCCUGAAUGUUGCAGUUAAUCGAGGCUUUAUCUCUAAUUUAUAUAUAUGUAUAGAUAGAUACUGUAAAAAGACAGGUUAUGGGAUAAAGCCUGAGAACUGCAAAACUGGUCAUUUGUUUGUCUCUCUUCUUGAAAGAUACAGAAAUCCAUCCACUGAGAUUUUUUUAGCCCCAUUCUUUUGUUAAGUUUUAAAUU